ACCAAUCACAGGUCGGGUGCUGCUGGACACUGUGCUGCAGGGAGACACGAGUGAGGGGCAGCAGAUCUGUUGCUGCUUGUUCCUGCCUAUAGUGCCUAUAGUGAGUGAGGGAGCGAGGCGUGUGUGGGGUGGCUCCCAGAGUGGUGUGAGUCUCGCCUGGUGGAGACGCCCACUGAAGGAAGGAAAGAAGGAAGAAAGAAAAGUGCGUGGAGGAGAGUUAACAAGAAAAGAGAAAUGAGAGUUUUGAUGUGGCGUGUGAUGUGAGGCGGCGAGAGAGGAGCGGCGCAUCAUCCGGGAAGCAGAGGACAGGCGGCGAGGAGGCUCUUAACGCCGAGCCCAAGCCCUACUCAGCAGGCGGUCACACGCCCGCACCAACAUAAACAACGUUACGACACCGCGUCUCUAUGGAAACACGACAGGAAUGACAAACUGUUGACGUCCUGAGUCUUGGAACGGGGCGUGGCGAAGCGGGGUAGGGCGGUGCAAGGUGAUGUGGGGCAGAGCAGUGUCCCGGCACUGGCACCAAAGGUCUGUGGCGAUGAGGGCAAUGGCUGGGGUUCCCUCGUGACGGUACGACGGUGUGCCUGGCCGGAGUGCCGCUGCCAUCACGGAGGCCACCGCGGCCCUCCAUCACACUUGCACGGCGGGCGCAGAUGUGGAGGUCGCGCGGCGUCUCGGCAGCGGCAGCAGCAGCAGUGGAACUCCAGCAUAGCGGUGGUCCUCUCAGCCCGGCGAGAGCCGCCGCGCGCUCAGUUGUGGCUCGUCCGCUCGGAGACCUGCUCAUCACAUCCCCGCCGGCCGCUGCCCCACGCGGCCACACCACACACGCCCGCUGGCAGGCGCCGCGCUACACAACACUGCACGCAGGGAUCGCCUGCCUCGCUGGAGUGAUCGGCGCCACACAUCACUGAACACACACACACACACACACACACACAAAUUACUAUUAUAUUGUUAUAACAUUAUUAUACACACACGUGCACGGGAUAAAAUUGGCGGGGGCAGCAAGCAAGUGCGGCGUGAUUCACCUGGGAUCGCCUGGCGGUCGCCCACGCGGCCAGUAGGUCAGUUGGCCGCAUCCUGUGCCAUUACUUGCGGCCUUCACCCACAAGGUGCGCGAUAUUACCGGAAGUGUUGCCGCGUGUCGCGCGUCAUACGCGGCGCCCAUCCCGCCUCUGCCGGCAAACGACACGCAUCACUUUGAGCCUUGGAGUCCCGCGGGUGUGUGGGCAACAUUCAGGCGUCAAGACAACACCGUGACGAGCAUCGGCUUGUCGCCUCCCCUCCCCAACCCACGUCCCACACCAGCGUCAGGGUGAAGACACCGCUGCGGGGGCUGAGCCACACAACCACGCUGCUGAGAGGACGGUGCAUCCUGACAGAGGCGGCAGGUGUGACGGCCUUAGAGCCACACCAACACACACACACCUCACUCAAGACGACUCAGGAGUGACCGACGUCUGAUCCAAGGCUUACUGAGGACAGGAGGCCAGAAAGCAGCAGCAGCAGCAGCAGAAGCGACAGCAGUGUCGGUCAUAAGGCCAUGGUGAGCCGGCAGCCUCCAGAAGGACAGGAGGCGGCACGGCUGGGCCAGCAGGCGGCGGGAGCGGCGGCAUGGCUGUGAGGGGUGGGCGGCGCCUCGGCAUGGAGAGCGGGGAGCGGCGCGGGCGAAGAUGGGUCUUGCUGGCGUGGCCGGUAACGCUGGUGGUGGUGACGACGCUGCUGUGCGUCACCGCCGCCACCGCCGCCAACAAGCAGCGCAAGACGGCGCUUAUCGAGGGAGACAUCCUGAUUGGCGCGCUGUUCAGCGUGCACGAGCUGCCCAAGCAGAAGACGGCCUCCACCCUCACCUGCGGCGACGUGAGUGCACGCCACACCUCGAUUCGGGAGCAGUACGGCAUUCAGCGGGUGGAGGCGGCGUUCCUAGCCAUCGACCAGAUUAACAACAACACGGAGCUGCUGCCUAACAUUCGCCUCGGUGUGGAGAUCCGUGACUCCUGCUGGUACUCCUCUAUCGCGCUGCAGCAGAGUCUGGAAUUCAUCCGUGACGCCCUCUCAGCCCCCGGGGACGCCACAAACACCUCCACCAGAACGGACUCCUGCAGGGUGGCGUCCCCCAAGAAACGCCUGGUGGGGGUAGUGGGCCCUGGAUCCUCUGACGUGACUAUACAGGUACAAAACCUCCUGCAACUGUUCAGCAUCCCCCAGGUGGGUUAUUCGGCCACCUCCACGGACCUGAGCAUCAAGUCCCACUACUCGUACUUCAUGCGUGUGGUGCCCUCAGACUACUACCAGGCUAAGGUCCUCUUAAACAUCGUGCUCUACUACGACUGGACCUAUGUAUCUACUAUCUAUACUAUUGGUAACUACGGCCAAAGUGGAAUGAUGGCUUUCAAGAAACUAGCGAAGGAAAACAAUGUGUGCCCAGCGAAGGAAGAAUCUGUGAGGAGCGACGCUGACGAGGAGGCUUAUGACACGGUGAUCAGGAAUCUACUUGGGGAUCAGCGCGCUAAAGUGGUGGUCUGUUUCUGCGAGGGACUCACCAUCACCAACCUCCUGAAGGCCGUGAAGAGGAACAACGCCACCUCCAGGUUCCUCUUCAUCGGCAGUGACGGGUGGGCGGACCGAUCUGACGUGGUUCCUGCCGGGCUCGAGUCGGUGGCGGAGGGAGGGCUGUCCGUCAAGAUUCAGAGCUCGAAAGUAGACGAGUUCGACGACUACUACUUCGGCCUGCACCCCGACACCAACACACGCAAUCCCUGGUUCAAGGAGUUCUGGCAGCAUCGAUUCAACUGUUCCCUGUCUGACACCGAGGAGGGAGGAGAGAAAACGUGUACUAAGAAUGAGUCACUGGCCAUUAACUACAAGCAGGACACGAAGAUGGCGUUCGUGAUGAAGGCUAUCUACACAAUGGCGUGGGGUCUUCACAACAUGCAUAGGGCGCUGUGUCAGCCUGGAGAGGGGCUCUGUAAGGCCAUGCUCCCCAUCAACGGCUCCAUAUACAGGGAUUACCUCAUGAACGCCACUUUCACCUACCACGACGAGACUGUCACCUUCGACGAUCGCGGGGACCCUCCUGGCAGGUACAACAUCAUGAACUACCAGCGAGGCGACAACAACACUUACAUCUACAAGCCGGUGGGGAGCUGGGACAAUGGCAAUUUUAACCUAUGGGAAUCGGACAUUAAAUUCAACACUCCUGGAAACCUACCUCCCAUCUCCGUGUGCUCUGAUCCCUGCCGCUACGAUGAGUUUAAGAGCAGCAGCGGUGAGGGAACAAAGACAUGCUGUUGGGUGUGUACUCGCUGCGGGACCAACCAGUACCUAAAGAACGAGACAGCGUGUGAAGAUUGCGAGCCGGGAUACAAACCUAACGCUAACAAGACGGGGUGUGACGCCAUCCCCGUGCAACACCUCACUUGGGACGCCCCUGAAUCCAUCGCGGCCCUUACUCUGGCGUCCCUCGGGUUCCUCGCCACCUGCUUCACCAUGUCUGUCUUCAUUAAGUACAACCACACGCCCGUUGUCAAGGCAUCCACGCGCGAGCUCUCCUACAUAAUCUUCGUGGGUAUGAUGGUUUCCUACUGCGCCACUCUCCCUCUGCUGGCGCCCCCCUCAUCCUUCAGCUGCGCCGCCUCCAGGAUACUGCCGGGCCUCUCCUUCGCCAUGAUCUACGCAGCGCUGGUCACUAAGACAAACCGCAUCGCCAGGAUUCUCGCGGGAAACAAGAAGAUCACCAUGCGCAAACCUAGAUUCAUGUCAGCCACUGCGCAGGUGGUGAUCACAUGUGGCCUGAUUGGCAUCGAGCUGGGUAUCAUCAUUGCCAUGCUUAUCCUGGACGUGCCCGACAGCAACCACCACUACCCCAACGAAGAUGAGGUGAUUCUCGUCUGCAACACCACUGACCGGGCUAUCAUUAUACCGCUCGCCUGGGACUUCUUCCUUAUCCUGAUGUGCACCGUGUAUGCUGUCAAGACGAGGAACCUGCCGGAAAACUUCAACGAGGCAAAAUUCAUAGGGUUUUCCAUGUACACGACCUGCGUUAUCUGGCUGGCCUGGUUCCCUAUCUACUUCGGCAGCACACACAAGAUCAUCUGUAUGAGCAUGUGCACGUCACUCAGCGCUCUCGUCACCCUCGUGCUGCUCUUCUUCCCCAAGCUCUAUAUUAUCCUCUUCAGGCCAGAGAAGAACGACAGGUCAGCUUUCAAGACAGCCAAGACAGUUCGCUGCCACAUCGGCUCCUCUAACAAGACCAGCCUUUCACGGCCCUCAGACCCCACCCCCAGCGCCGCCGUAGAGAGCAUGUACGUGGGGUCGGCCAUGCUGGGUCUCAUGCCGCAGCAACUCAGCCUCAUGCAGCGGCUCAAGACAUCCAUCGGAGCCGUGCCCUUCCUGCCCUCCAUCGCUGCGGUCAACCAGAGAACAGCGCUCAAGAGGGAGAUCAGCGUGUGGAGUGACGCCAGCGGCAGCGGCGGCGGAGGGGGAGGUACCGCCGCCACUACGCGGGACGCCAUGUUGCGGAGGGCGUACGGCUCCCAGCUGGACCUGACAGCGGAGGCGUGGUACGGGGCAGUUCGUGAGGAGCGGGCCUGCCAGACCACGGACGAGCUGCUGGACCCGCUCAUUCCUCGGCUGCGGCGGCGGGUGGUGCGCGCAGUGCGGGAACACAAGCUGGACGCCGCUGAGGGACGAGAGUUCUUCUCCCUCACCCAUGGCUGGAUGUCCUCCCAAGGCAGUCAGGCGCCGUCCCAAGCAUCCACCAAAGCGCAGGCUGAAGCUGCCCGCAAUGAGAUGAGGCGCGGGGACACUGACUCUGACAAAGUUGCCGCCGCUGCCGCUGCUGUCUCCACCACCACCACCACCACCACCACCACCGCCGCUACUGCCGCCGCCGCCGCCACCAGCACCAGCACCACCACCAGCACCACCACCACCACCACCACCACCACCACCACCAGAAAUGCCACUACCUCCCACUCCACCAGUGUUCCCACCACCACCACUACCUCCACCACCACUACCGCCAUCACUACGAGUACCUCCGACACCACCACACCCACGCAACCCACCACCUCCAUUCCCGCUGAGCACCACACAGCUGCCGCCAUCCCCACCACCAUCGCCACCACCACCACCACACUCUCCACCACUGCCUCUGACACCAUUUCCGCCACCACUGUUGCUGCUUCUGCACCCACGAUUGCCUUGAUCUCCACCACCACCACCAACACCACCACACAUGAGGAGCAGCAAGACACCACCACCACAACCAUCACCACCACAAACACCACGGCAGACUACCACACACAGACCAACACCUCACUCCCUGAAACCACCACCACCACCAUCAAUUCCACCAGUCAGCAGGCUAGCGAGGCAGGCCACUGUCUGGCCAUCAGUACAUCCCCGCCCUCCGCCACCAGGCAGAUAGUCACCACCAGCACGACCCUCGUCGGGAGUCAGGCGGCAAGUGCGGGCAGCAGAGCAUGCGAGGCCAGCGAGGUGGAGGAGCGGUGCCAGGCUGAGGAGCACGUCAUCUUGACGGCAGUGGGAGGACAGUACGGCGAGGCGGCCGCCAGGUGCCAGCGGGUGGCAGACGGGACACGGACAGGGACGAAGGAAGGAGACUGUAGGAGGGAGGGUACGUCACCCCGCACACACGAGGACUGCCCUGGACAGCCUGGACACUGUCCCCAGGGACAGCCGCCGGAUGGGUGGUUCGUGCAGCAGUGUUCCUUUGGCUCCUUAGAGUGCCCAGAGACCAGUGGCGGUGGCCUGGAGGGCUACGGCUCGCCUCUAUCGUGUGUGGAUAACGGCGCGCCGGGGUGGGUGACGUCACCCGAAUCGCCUGCCCCCCACUCACCUCUGGGCGAGGCGGUGGCAGAGGGAGCUGCGUGGGGCAGCGGAGAAGACUACGAGAAGCUCCUGCUGGAAGCCAAGCCAAAAGGGGCGCGGCGUGUGGAGGUGCUGGGACGGCGAGAGGGGCGUCACCGUCGCCGCAAGGUGGGCGUGGCGGCGAGGGUGGCGGACGUGCGCGGCAUUCUGCGAUGCGUCGCUUUCCCCAGGACGGAGCGGCCCGCCAGGGUGUCCUUCGACAUGCCCGAACUGCCCCAUGCUGGUGGCCCGCCGCGUGCCCCCUGGCCGCGGCGGUCAAGCGGCAGCCACGGCCAGCAGGACGCGUCCUUCAGAAUCCUGGAGGAAAGUGACGCCGAGGCUUCCGACAGCUGCGAGAUGAAGACCAUCACCAUCAGGCUGGGCGACACAAGCGAGGGGAGUGGCGAUAGUGGCACGGAGGGGAGCACUAAUGGCGGCGGCGGCACUGGUGGCCUGAUCAACUGGCGGCCUCGGCCGGGCAAAAACCACCAGGCACUGGCGUGCCUCCCCGAUCAGGAGACAGCCGCGGCACGCCCCGCCGCGCAGCCCUCAGAGUUGGUCAUCCUUGACCUCCUGCACGACUCACGUCUCAAGGAACAGGGUCCGUCGCCGCCCUCACCCCCAGCCGAGCCUUCCUUGGACCACAUCAUCAUUCCCCCUCCCAGACAGUACACCCCCGCAGAUUCCCCUCACCACCUCCACCACAACCACCUCCACAAAGAAGCCGCCUCCACCACACCCACACUCUCCUCCUCCUCCUCCUCCUCCACCGGCAGUCCCCGCGGCGAGGCUACUAUUGUGGAGGCGAGUCACCGCCAUCAUAACCAUCAUCAUCACCAACACCAUCACCAUCAUCAUUCACCACCAUCACUGCACGACACCAUCCCUCUUCAUCCCCUACAGGUGACCACCACCACCACCACCACCGCCAUUACCAUCCCGACCCAAGUCCCCGAGCACGAGGCACACGCGGACCCCGAAGCGCCGCCCCGCCACGACACCGACGACGACACGGACGACGGCAGCACGACGCCCAUCGAGGAGUUUUUCCUGAACCACGGCGUGCGCUUUGACGCCACCUCGGCCCGCUCCAAGAAACUGUAGCGAAAGAGAGAGAGAGAGAGAGAGAGAGAGAGAGAGAGAGAGAGAGAGAGAGAGAGAGAGAGAGAGAGAGAGAGACUUUCACAUACGAGUCAGGGACCAUAUUUUCAAAAACACCAGGGGCGUCUCAUCGUGACAACUUUCAACAGGCUGUAGUGGAUGUGACUGGGAUUUUCAAGACUACUUUCCUGUUUCUAGUGGCUCUUUAGGACUCCCACACCAUGAUGACUAAACCACCCAUGGGAGCCAGACUCACCAUUCCUGAGGCCUUUGAAUCAAGAACAGUCCUGAUGAAUGAACACAAAGUCGCAAAACACAAACCCUGAAGCGUCUAGUCAGGCAUUACUAGUCCCGUGGUAGGUGUCUCCCCAUCCCCCUCCACCUCCACCUGCCCUCACUAUCCCCACUGCCUUCCACAGGGCUUGACCAAACACCCCGCCAGCCCGUCACCCUCAACCUCGCUCCCUCGCCCCCUCAACCCGUCGCCCUAACAUACAUUUAAGUACAUUCUAUCAAGCAGUAUUUUACCAGUGUUUUACUAUGUAUAUAAUGAGUGUUAGGUUACAUGUAUUUACUAUUACUACCACUACUACUAUUACUACUUAAAACAUUUCUACUUUUAUUAACUCUUAAGUAAUACCAAUCAAAAUGUAGGAAUAUUGUGUACAUUUAUAGGAUAACUGAACACUACAAUUACACAAUUACACACGCACACACACACACACACACACACACACACACAGUUAGUUCUACAAGUCCCUGUAAGUACAGUAAUCCCCAGUGAUGUGUUCGUGUCCCUUACUUCCAUUCCCCAAUAUUCCCUAUCCCCACCAUUUCCCCAUCCUUCCCCUCCCAUUCCUUUCCAACUACCAUAUGAACAUUAACUUCUUUCCUUCAUCUCUACCCAUCUAUCCCUUUUUUUCCCAUCAUCCCUCCAUACCUUCUGAAAACUCUCUUAUCUUUCUCUUUCUCAUUUCCCUCUUCUUGUUUCCUUCCUCCUUAUAUCCUUCCCCUUCUCCAUGUCUUCCAUUACUUCUUUUUGUUUUUUUCAGUUUCUCUAACUUUCUUUCCUCCAUAUUCCAAAUUUUUCUUUCUUUUCUCCUAGUCCACUAGUUCAUUCCUUCAUCCUUAUCUACUUCCAAGCUUUCCUCUUUCCAUAUCUCUAGUUUCCUCCAUUCCUGACCUUACCUCUCCGUUCAUACCUCUCAUUCAUUCUCUCUUCCUUCUUUUCCCUCACGUUACAAAUUCUUCCUCCAUCACAUCUCUUCUUUUUCUUUCCUAUCUAUCUUUGCCUCCAUCCCCUCCCAGCUUGGUCACCCCUUCCACCGAACUCCCCUACCUCCCCUCCACCUCCCCACGUAAGUACCUAUUUCGUGUUACCAAGAUGAACGAGAAUUUUCAAUCAAUAAACUCUAUUUCGUC